CCCAUUCCCAGUUGAUUUGUUCCACCUGGUACUAACCACACGUUCUUAUUUAAACUUUUUGAGUGAAUGUGUGAGAAACAGGAGUGCAAUAACGUCGAAAGAGAGCUCUGCAAGUUAUUAUACAUAUCUUUAAUUCAUUAUGGAGGGACCUGCACGCCGCACACGUAGCAAGAAAACCCCCGCUCCGGGUGAAACCACAAUCCUCAGGCGUAGCACCCGUAACAAAGGUGGCGCCGUAACUAAAGAGGUGAAAGUAGUGGCAGAGAACGUUCCAGAACCCGUGCAGGAUCAGAUCCAGGUGUCUGAAGCCGUGGUGGUGAUUCCCUCCUCGGAGUGUGUGAACGCUGGUUUGUCUCCAGACCGAUCCGCCGACAAAAUCCCCAGCGCUGCAUCCGGGUCGCAGACGACACCUCCGGGCUCGUCUCGGACGUCUGUUCGCCGCUCGCAGGUUGUGCAGCGCCGGCGCUCUCUGGUGGGACUCAGGCAUAGCAUGACCCAGAAAGCUGUUCGCAGGGCGUCCCGGCGCUCUUUCCUGAAGAAGAAAGCCAGACUGGGCAACUUGACCUGCAGCAGCUCCGACAGCGAGGACAUUAGUAUGAACAUUGAACUUGAGGACCAAGAGGAACAGGUUGAUGCACCGCAAAAGAUGGCCGAACCACCCACUGAAACCAACCCUGAACCUGAAAUCGUCCAAAUUGAGACUGAAGAAAAGGAAACUGAGAUAAAAGACGAUAAACUACCAGAAGAGAUUUCUCAAUCUCCAAGCAGCGUCACACAAUCCAUGACUCAUACUUCAGACACAGAUGACAGUAGCAGGCCCAGAGGAGACGUCCAGCGUAGGCUUUCAGGCUCCAAGCGUCAGGCAGUUGAGUCAAUUCAGGAAUUCAACACACCCAUGAAGAAGCGAUCUCCUCCAAAGAAAUGCCUCGCGAGGACUGCUCCACACACGCGCUUGUUUGUUCACACAGUGCAGAAGAACCGGAUGCUGAUGAAGAUGCCUGGAUCUCUGGACCGCAACAACAUGAAUUCCAUCGAACGAUCUGCCACCAAAACCGUUAUCAAGAAGCUAGAACGACAGAAGUGGGACGCCUUGAACAAGAAGAUGCAACAAGAGUAUGAACGAAAGCUGAAGAUUGAGGAGGAGAGACAAAAGAAACGGGAAGAAAUGAAAAGAAAGCGGGAUGAGCGUUUGAAACGGGUUGUUGAGGCUCGAGUGAAAGGUCAAAUGGAGAAGGAGCAGGAAAUUAAAAAUAAAUUUGAAGAAAAGAUGGCACGGCUGGAGGAGAGAAAUGAUAUGAUGCGAGUUGAGCGAAUGGCAGAGGAGGAAGCCAAGAGGAAGGUGGCCGCUGAACGACAGGAAGAACUGCAGCUGCGCAAGGACCAGGAAGAGAUAGCCAGACUAUUGAAAGUUCAGCAAGCUGUAUUGCGUAGCAGCCAUCUUUAAUGAAGCACUAUUACAACCCACUGGAUCUCCAUUCAUAUUUUGGAAAGCCCGAUCCACCUAAGCUGGAGGAGAUAUUCAGGCGGACCAAACCUCACUUCUUCAAACGCACUAGCUCAGCUGUCUGGCAUACUUUUUUACUAUUCUGAUUUCUGAAAAUAAAUAAUUAAAUAAAUAAAAUGUAUAAUUUGUAAAUGUU